CUGAAGACGGUUAGCAAGACCACAAGAUUUCUCUUCACCAUAUCUUGGCAAUCAUUUCCUCAUAAAACUAGUGCCGCUAUCGCACAAAUGCAAACCUUAACGUUUACGGCAGAGGCAAGGAAACUGUAUAAUAAUAUGAUGUGUCGUGGGUUCGGUCUCUUCCUAGACGAAAACGAUGACCUCACCAAGCCCGAAUUGAAUCUGUUGUUCAAGGAAAUCUACAUCUCGCUAUUGAGCGCUACAUAUCCCGAAGAUGAGAUCACUAAUUUCGCAAUGUAUCCGGUGCCGGCUGUCUUCAGAGAGGAAGAGCGGGAUAAGAUCCUCAACAUUAGACCGUACUUGGGGCUUCUUGUUUUCAUGGCAUGGAGACAGGAUAACCCCAACAAUAUUGUGGAAUGCAUCGCCUCCUGGAACAAUAUAGGCAUGCCCGGCGAGAGGCAACCAACCUUCAUGAACAGAACUCGAGAAGUGCUUGCAGCACGCCCCGAUUUGUCCGUGGCCUGGGCUGCUAUUUACGUGUCGAAAAGUAUCAGUCCGGAGCAUUGCGGAGGCACCGCACAUCGCCUUAAGCGGAUACACGAACUUAACUACGUAAAGUAACUAGGUGAGGCAGCCGUUGCCGAGAACAAUUCAGUGACCUAAGCUAUUUUGUCUUCGAGGUGAAAUGUGCUUGGGUUUUAUACUUUAUCUGGCCAAGCGCUGAUUCUUUAGACCGAACUUGUUAUAUUGAACUCAUACUUCAACUUUCUUACGAUGCCAUCGCGUGCAUUUAUGGUCUCUUUUUUUUGUUUUUAAUGCCGUCGUAGAAAUUCGUAUCCUAAAUGUGCUAUGUACCUACGUGUUCUCCGAAUCUUAGGAAUGAAUCAAUACUCGGUUGUUGCAAUAUUGUACCUAACGUCUUCGGCAAUCAAGUUACUCUGUCAUACAUAUUUGUUGAAAAUAUAUA